AUGCGAUACUUUGCAUCAGCCUCAUUUGGCAAAUUCCUGACUUCUGAUGUCCCGAUUAUCAGUGAAACUGCUGAUAGAACGCAAGCUACAAUAUCUACCGCCUGUACUAGUUGGCUUUCUUCGGUUGGUGCAGGGGUAGGCCUACCAAUUAAUGGACUGCUUUUCAAUUCAGGCAUUGCCGAUCUGUGUGAAUUAAUUAUGGAUAAACUGCUACCUAUUGCACUCUCAUUUGUCAUGUCAUCUGACCGUGAUAUCAGUAAUCCAUUUGACGAUAUCGUUUUGGCUUUGUUCAGACCUUUAAUGACUUUCUUUUCCGGAGAACUUGUAAAUGGUGACGAACAAUCGCCUGGGCUUGCUCUCAAAAUUGUUGAUAUAAUGGUUGGGGAAGAGGAUUUCACUAACUCGGAAACAGUUAAGAAACACAUUGAAAAGAUAUCUUUGUGCAUUUCUGAUAUUUUGGUUCUCAGAACGCUCUGUGAAAUUUUGUGUUCUGCGCUUCAAGACACAAACCUCACUGCCAUAAAUGGAAGAUCUAUUACAUCUUCUGACUAUUUGGAUGAAGUUAUCCUCCAAUUGACCCAAAGUGGAAAACAAUUCGAUUCGAUUAUUCGUCAGUUGGGCGAUCGAAUUGCUGAAGUCGCCAUUGGACAUUCCAAAUUCUUCUGCCUCGACACCUCAUCCAAACGGUCAUUUGAUGAAUUACUUGAAGCCCUUAACACUGAAUAUUAUGACCAUUCUACUCUUAGUACUGAAGAGGCACAGGAUGAAUUGAGUUUAGAAAAAUGGAGCUGUUUCAUGGAUGAAAUUUGGAAGACUACCUCUUCAGCUGUCCCUGCCGGUUUAACUCGCCAAAUUUAUGCCCGUAUUGUGUCUGAAGUAUUGAAAUUUGUAGCUCAAAAAGUUGCUAAUCAACAUCUUUCUACUAGCAAUGAGAUAAGCGAUAUGUCGGAUUUUAUAUGGGGUGCACUAAAAACAACCCACAAGUUGAUAUUCCGAUGCGCAGACUCAGAAUCUGAAAUUCUAGGUCAUGGCCUUCUCUCCAAUGAUUUGCAGAAUAUUCAUUGCUCGGCAUUGAUGCUUACACAAUGUCUAAUUGUUAUCGGUGGGCCAAAUGAAAUUAUUAAUAGGCUACACGGAGAAGGAUUCUAUUCUGGGUUAGAAAAUGGUGUCUUCCGUGUUUCGUUCAACCCAAACAACUGGCUUAAAAUCGUCGACCCUGAGAGAUUUUACAUAGCUUCCAAAGAGACUCAAGAUUUAAGUGAUAUAAGAGUUCUUGAAGUUGAUAACGAAUUGCCUGAACCAGUCUGGAUUGAAGCUCUGGUUGAAUUCAUUGGUAAUCGGAUGAUUUCAAUAUUCCAGAAAGUUUGUGAUUUGGCCAUCGACCGUGUGCUGGUCACGGAGAUCGGAGAGGAUUUCGUGAAUGAGCUUUCUUCAGUGACUUCAAAGGAACCAGACCUGUGUUCUUUUUCACCAGAUUCUACACUGCGAAUAAAAGAAAUCGUUAAUGGAAUUUACUCGUCUGCAUUGGAAUUCUUGCCCCCCAAACUACUGACAUUCUUCAAUCAGAGAGAUGUCACACUUAUUCGGAAUAGGGAACGACAGGGUCUUAUUAGGUCUCGGUUAAUUGGAGUUAAUCUGGCUUCUGGAAAAGUGUUGAUUUUCUCCGAUUCACACAUUAAAUUUGAGCCUAAUUGGCUAGAGGCGCUAUUGAUUCGACUCAUUUCUUAUGAAAGUGAAGAAGUUAAUCCAAGACUCUUGAUUUUAAGUCCGUUUAUUAGCGCCUUUACUGAGGACGAUCUGGUAUAUCCUGCAGCUGAAUACCUUCGAGGAGGAUUUAAUUGGGAUCUCAGUUUUACAUGGGAGCCCAUGAGUGAUGAAGAAAAGGAUUCGUUGAAUACUCAUGGCCGUUUGCUGAAUUUCACUUGGCUAAGUCUCCCAAGACCCACUCCAGUUUUAGCUGGUUCAGUGAUUGCGACCCUCGCCUCACCUUUCAAAUCCUUCGGUGCUUUUGAUAAGAAUAUGAGUAUAUGGGGAGGGGAAAACAUUGAAAUCAGUCUUCGUGCGUGGAUGUGUGGUGGGAGAGUCGAAAUCAUUCCAUGCAGUCGUGUUUCCCAUUUAUUUAGAAGCUCUCAUGGAUAUACUUUUCCAAAUGGUAAAGUGGCCACAGUUAUGAGAAAUUUGAAUCGUGUUGCAAGAGUUUGGAUGCAGCCCUCUCGGAGUCUUCAAAUUAAGUCCGUAAAAUAUCGUGUUCCGCCUAUUGCACUUUUUUACUCCGCACAACAGGAGGCGUUCAAAGUCCCGGCUGGAGAUAUUAGUUCACGCCAGAGGUUGAGACAACUUCUUGAGUGUAAAGAUUUUGCGUGGUUUGUGGAAAAUAUCUACCCGGAUUUACUCAGGAAGGCAGUUGGUAUUAAAUUGAAGGACAGUGCAAUGAUACAUGCUCAACGUUCCAGCAUUAUUUCAAAAUUGCUUGAUUAA